CUUCCUCUGGCAUCCCUGCGCUUCCACGCUGAUUCUGCCCUUGCUUUCACUGCCUACUCCUCGCUGCGUUUUAACCUCUCUUCCUCUUCUCCCUUUCCCUUGCAUUUGUUUUCCUCUGCGUAUCGUUUUAUUGCGAUAUAUAAACCUCGGCAAUUCCAACUUGGCGGGGCCAAACUUCCCUUUCCCGCUGGCAGACCAGGGAUCCGGCCAGGCCGUGCGGUGUGGAGGCAGGCUGGCAGGAGCUGGGGCGCAGCGCACCCCUGGGGGUGCUGCCCACCUCCUUCCCAGAGCAUCGGCGCCCCGGGGAGCUCCCCCCUUCAACAGGUUUUGGAGGCUCACUGACACCAUGGCGCUGAGGCUCCCAGGAGCGGGGUCCUUCUCUCUCGUUGGAGUCCUAGUCCUGGUUUUGGCUCUCCCUGCUGAUGCUGGGCUCUCUCAGAAGCACGUUUCAGACGUCGUUGAUGACAGCAAAGACAACAUCACCAUUUUCACCCGCAUCCUGGACAGGCUGUUGGAUGGGUACGACAACCGCCUGAGACCUGGGCUUGGAGACAGUGUAACCGAAGUCAAGACAGACAUUUACGUGACAAGUUUCGGCCCUGUCUCGGACACAGACAUGGAAUACACCAUUGAUGUCUUUUUCCGGCAGUCCUGGAGAGAUGAAAGGCUGAAGUUCGAUGGUCCCAUGAAAAUACUUCCCCUGAACAACCUGCUGGCCAGCAAGAUCUGGACUCCUGACACCUUCUUCCACAACGGGAAGAAAUCUGUUGCCCACAACAUGACAACACCCAACAAGCUGCUGCGCCUGGUGGACAACGGCACCCUCCUGUACACCAUGAGGCUCACGAUCCACGCCGAGUGCCCCAUGCACCUGGAGGACUUCCCCAUGGACGUGCACGCCUGCCCGCUGAAAUUUGGGAGCUACGCCUACACGAAGACAGAGGUGAUCUACACCUGGACACUGGGGAAGGAUAAAUCCGUGGAAGUGGCCAAGGGUGGAUCUCGCCUGAACCAGUACGACCUGCUGGGCCACGUCGUUGGGACAGAGAUGGUCGAUUCCAGCACAGGGGAGUACGUUGUCAUGACCACACACUUCCACCUCAAGAGGAAGAUCGGCUACUUUGUGAUCCAGACCUACCUGCCCUGCAUUAUGACUGUCAUCCUGUCCCAGGUCUCCUUCUGGCUCAACAGAGAAUCAGUUCCUGCCCGGACGGUUUUUGGUGUCACCACCGUGCUCACCAUGACCACACUAAGCAUCAGCGCAAGAAACUCGUUACCCAAAGUGGCGUACGCGACGGCCAUGGACUGGUUCAUAGCCGUCUGUUAUGCCUUUGUGUUUUCUGCGCUGAUCGAAUUCGCCACCGUCAACUACUUCACCAAGCGCAGCUGGGCCUGGGAUGGCAAGAAGGUGCUGGAGGCCCAAGAGAUGAAGAAAAAGGAGCCGGUGGCACUAGCGAAGAAAACCAACAACACCUACAACAUUGUUGGCACCACCUAUGCCCUCAACAUCGCCAAGGACCCCGGCCUGCCCACCAUCUCCAAGAGUGCUGCUGCCACUGCUACUGCCACCAACGUGCCCCCGAAGAUGCCCCGCCUGGAGGAGAAGCUCCUGGAGAGCAAGAAGACGUACAACAGCGUCAGCAAGGUAGACAAGAUGUCCCGCAUCGUCUUUCCAGUCCUCUUUGCCAUUUUCAACUUAGUCUACUGGGCCACGUAUGUAAACCGGGAGUCAGCUAUCAAAGGGAUGAUCCCCAAACAAUAAAACCAGUCACACAAACCUUCCAUCAGUGAGCAUCAUCCAAGCAGGAAUUCUCCAGGGCUUUCUUCUUUUCUCGUUUUGUUUAAUUAUUAUUGUUCAUUUGAUAUUAUUAUUAUUAUUAUUAUUAUUCCUAUUAGAUCACUCUUUUAUAACGUAAACAAAACUGUGAUUUUAAUUUAAUCCCUAUAUACUUUAGUUUCGUUUACUUUGCCUCUGAUGAUGGGAGUUUAAAAAAAAAACAAAACAACAAAGGGA